AGACUGGCCCCGGCUGUUACACUACACUAGCCUGAGUCAGGCAUUGUUUUCCAAGCCACUAUCCCCGAUCGGGCCAACGCAGCCUUCACGGGGGGAAUGUGACCAGGAGAAUAGCCCGCUGAACCUUCCAAGAUGGACACCUUGUCUCUUUUUUUUAAUUUCUUUUUACUUUUUGGUUUGUUUCCUUUCAUACUCUCCCAUGUUGUCCACUUCUCUCCUUGUCUCUACCCAGAAAACUUACAGUAUUGCUUAUCUCUUAUAGCGUUGUGUUUAUAUUUGUUAUUUUGGUUUGUUGUUUUUGAUUAUUGUCCAACCCCCCACCCCCCUCUCUCUCUUUCCGCUACAGCUGCAGCUUGUGUGUGAUUGAAUUCUGUCCAGGUUGCUACAGGCAUACCGCUGGUGGGAUGUGUAUCACACAUGGGAAUUCUAGGAGGAUCACUAACACUUUACUCUCUUGUCACCUACUCUCCGGUUGACAUAGUGAGGGGGGCUAGACGCUCUGAAAGGAAGAUACCGGAGGAGGCCAAGGCCUUGUCUCUUUUGGCGCCCGUCGCCCCGGUGCCCAGUCUGAUUCCUGGUGGGGGGCUGCUACCGAUUCCUACCCCCGCCCCGCUGCAGAAUCUGAACCUUCCUGUAGUGAAUCGGCUCUCGGCUGUCCUGGAACCCGCAGCGUCAUCCCUCGCUCAGCCCCCGCUCAUGGGGAACGUGGACCCCUCAAAGGUCGACGAGAUCAGGAGGACCGUGUAUGUCGGGAACUUGAACUCGCAGACGACCACGGCGGAGCAGCUGUUGGAGUUCUUCAAGCAGGUGGGAGACGUAAAGUUUGUGCGCAUGGCCGGAGACGAGACUCAGCCGACGCGCUUCGCCUUCGUGGAGUUUGUGGAUCAGGAGUCCGUGACCCGGGCACUGACCUUCAACGGGGUCAUGUUCGGAGACCGGCCCCUGAAGGUGAAUCAUUCCAACAACGCCAUCGUGAAACCUCCCGAGCUGACGCCGCAGGCCGCCGCUAAGGAGCUGGAGAGUGUGAUGAAGCGUGUGAGGGAAGCCCAGUCGACCAUCGCUGCUGCCAUCGAUCCGGCCGAUUUAGAGAAGCGCUCAUCCAGCCGAUCCAAACGUCCACGCCGCUCCCGCUCGCGCUCCCGUUCACACUCCAGAACGCACAGGAAAAGGUCCCGAUCGAAACACAGACCGCCGCAGAAGGCGUGGCCGAGGAACGACUCCCACAGUUCCAGAGGCGGCCACAAGAGGCGCUCGCGCUCCAAAGACAGGAGACACAGUCGCAGUCGCUCGAGGGGCCACAAGAGGAGGAGCAAAGAUCGCUCCAGGAGCCCCCGGAGGAAAGUCAGGUCCCCCUCACCGAAAAGAGGGAAGAAAGAGAAGAGGAGGGAGCGCAGCAGGGACAGGAAGGAACGCUCCACGUCCAGGAAGAGGAGCCGCAAAGACGAGGACAAGAUGAAGAGCAAAACCCGAGCAGCGAAGCUGGACAGAGGCUACGACCGAGAGGAGAAAGACGACUUUGAAAGCGACGGAGAAGACUCGGUUGGACUCGGCGAGGACACGACGUCGUCACCUUGCCACAAGCACAACGGCAGCUACAAGACUCGCCACGAGGAGCACGCGUAGACAGGCGACUUACUUAGCAGCACCCCGUGGAAACUGAUCCAAUCAGACGAUCACGACUCGCUCCAUCAGGUGGAUGAACACAUGAACACGGGGAGUUUUCCCACCGUCAUCAUCAUCAUCAUCUUCGGCUCCAGUUGUGCGUCCUGAUUUUUACAGAAUCCUGGUUAACAACUUAUUUUUGAUACCCCACCUAAAGGCCCCGUGAGCACUCGGUACAGCACAGAUAAACUCCGCCUCCAGUUCAGCUGAAGAUUUGUGAGACGAUGUGAAACAGCGAGCUCAGAAAGAAGCAGAAAACACGACUCGAUCACGACCGUCGUAUUGGAUAACCUCAUAUUUAAAAAGCUGAUAUUGUGUCCUCCUUUAGUAUCUAUUCUCUCUCUUUAGAUACUAACACUGUACUCAAAACCUCGCUCUGCAGCAGUUUGAAACAAGAUUUCAGUUUAGCUUUGUGUGUGAGCACAUUUAUUUACUCCAAUUCCCUCCAGAAGCAGCCGGCUAAACACUCCAAGUCUAAAAAUCCAGUUUUUUCUGUUGCAGUGAUUUGAAGUUUUCAAGUCGUACUGCAAUUUUUAUGACACUUGCACAAAUAAAAAAAAGUCUAUAUAUCGCUAAUAACAAUAUAUAUGUUAUUAAACGUGGAAUCUUUACACAAUGUCUUUCUAAUCUAUUAGAUUAAGACAGUUUAAAACGUCAAAACACAAAAAGUAACGCAGUAUAAAACAUUUUCUCAUCUUGAGCUGUCGUUCUUGAGUUGCAUUCAACAGAUACUUGAAAAGUAACGAUUGAAGUGUAAUCAGGCCACACUUUUGGAUUAAAGGAAGAAUGUGCAAUUUUUUGAUCCAGUAGAUGUCGCCCUUGAGCUCC